CGGUAAUGAUUUGUUGGUUCCCUAGUCUGUUGUCAAAUUCACAUUCAAAAGGAUUGUUCCAAAAAUUCCGUUUCAAUUCUGGUGACUAGUUUCGGGUUGCAGCUGGACUUGAUCCGCGAAAUGGACAGCUUGGCUUUGCCGAACCAAACUACCGAAGGAUCUGGCCAAGAACACAUCUUCAAGGGCUUGACCGUUUCGAACACUUUUGAGAGCUCGUAUCAGUUCAAGGGGUAUGGGAACCAGAAACCGGACCUAAAUCCCGUCUACCGGACCUCCAAUUCCGAGUACGGUUACUUUCCGCCGUGCCCUCACACGGUGCCGCACAAGUAUUUCCCGAAAUCGUGCAAAUUCACGGACCAUCUCUACCAGUGCGGAAUGUUCCGGAACUAUUCGCUGAACACGGCCGUGGAUCGUGCGUACUGUGACUAUUACUGAUCGAAAUGAAGGAAAGGAAACAUCGUCACACCCAUUGCCCAUUGCUACUUCGUUUUUAAUCGAAAAUCAAUGUCAACACAUAAAAAAUCAAGUAAUUUCACCUUUAAUAUAAUAAUUAUUCCUUAUAGCCCAUACUGACUUACAAUAAACGGACAGGCUUUUCCA